CACAACAGAAAACAGGCCACGGUGCUUUACUGUAAACAAAGCACAAACCAGCGCAACGUAACAACAGUAACUAUAACCAGUAGCCGACAACAUGAGAACAAGUAAAAAAAAAUUUUCACCACUUGUUGCCUUCUCUUUUGGUGUCAUUCAGCAGUGAGCCAUCUGGGUCAUGCGCCCAAGACUGGUUUUCGUUGCGUGGAGGAAAAUUAAUUACGCAGCAGGCGCGCGCAUCACGUCUAGGCGACAAGGCCGUUAUAUAUAAGGAAGCCUACAUCACCGAUUCCACCAAUUCUGUCGCUGCAAGCACACAAGAGGCAAACAAUACAAGAAUCUCCUUGUCUUGUUGAUUAUUCUUGCUUGUGCAACUCAGAAACAUCACGAUCUUAAACCAAUAACACACUAUGAAGGUAACUGUAUGUGGCGCUGCUGGUGGUAUCGGCCAGCCUUUGUCGCUGUUGCUCAAGCUAUCCCCCUAUGUGACCCAUCUGGCGCUAUACGACGUUGUGAACGCGCCAGGUGUAGGCGCAGACAUCAACCACAUCGACACGGAUGUCGUUGUGAGCUCGCACUUGCCUCAGGAUGACGGUCUGCAGAUGGCGCUGACCAAUGCCGACCUUGUCCUGAUCCCUGCGGGAGUCCCAAGAAAGCCGGGAAUGACCCGUGAUGAUUUGUUUGCCAUCAACGCUGGUAUCGUUAGGGAUUUGGCGCUGGCCGUUGCCACCCAUGCUCCAAACGCCAUGGUGUUGGUGAUCUCAAACCCGGUUAACUCUACUGUGCCAAUUGUUGCAGAGGUUCUGAAAAAGGCACAGGUGUUCAACCCUCGUCGCCUGCUCGGUGUCACGACGUUGGACCUCGUGAGGGCAAACACCUUCAUCUCACAGUUGUCACAGGGUAAGCUGAGUUCCAAACAGCUAAACGUGCCGGUAAUUGGAGGCCACUCUGGUGAAACCAUUGUACCGCUCUUUAGCAUCGGAUCCCCUGAAUUUUAUCAAUCGUUGAACGAUGAACAGAGAGAUGCAUUGGUUCACAGAGUUCAGUACGGUGGUGAUGAAGUUGUCCAGGCCAAGAAGGGUGCUGGCUCUGCUACUUUAUCAAUGGCAUACGCUGGGUUCCAAUUGGCUGAGAGGCUGAUGAAGAGCGCACACGGCGACAACGAAAGCGCCAAAUACGCUUCCAGCUUUAUCUAUUUAGAUGAUAGAAUCCCUGGUGCAAGCUAUGCAAAGGAAAAACUUGGUGUUGAUUACGUCUCCCUUCCAACUGUUAUUGGUGCCGAAGGAAUUGAAAGCAUUGAUUCUUCAAUCUUGGAUAAGAUUGACGAGCACGAGGAGGAGUUGUUGGAGGUUGCCAUUGACCAAUUGAAGACAAACAUUGCAAAGGGUGUCUCAUUCAUCAAGGGCACUGCAGCAUAAAACAGACGACGAAAACAAACCCCAUUUUACACCCAAUUAUUUAUGAACUUCCACUUAAUGACAACUUCAUGCCAGUAUCUUGUACAUUAUACACAAUACCAGCCACCGGUUUGCUGAUUUUGAUAUUUAUUCUUCUCUGGUUAUAGACUAAUACAAUCUUU